GACUCAACUUUCCUCCCUUUGCAACAUCCUCAUGGUCUACCGUCGGGCUAAUGGUCCAGCGGUCGUCUAGUCCAAUAGCCAGGACUGUCGGCGCAGCGUCCUCGCGAUCCUCGGAAAAGAACUCGAUAUCUAUACGGACACGGACCAGUCGCCGGCCAUGCUUGACUGGCGUCAGCCAGAACUUGAACACCAUCAAGGUAGCCGACGGUGAUUCGGCAGUCUUGUUGAUUUUGCCGUGGAGAACAUCGAGGAGGAAGCAUUGAAUCGUUGUGGCCUUUGUGAGGCGCUCCACGACGAUGCGCCGAUGCCAAUCUGUCAUGGACAGGUUCUUGGCAUGGAAUGUAUCUUCAUCAUCGCCGCUGAUGAAUAGCGGAGCCUCGAAUAACAUGGGGGCAUCGUCGUCGUUAUCCGCAGCCAGGCCUAGCGCGUUGUCGUUGUCGUUGUCGUCGUUGUCGCCGUCGUCGUACUCCAUGACGAGGGGAUAUUAUGGAGAUGGGGAGAGACAGAGCCGCUUCCACUCCUUUUGUCAACCGGGCGCUUGGAGUCGGUGUUUGGGCACCAAGACGCAUCAUUGUGCCAAUGACAAUGGAGACCUCGUAUCCGGCAUAUACCUAGCCAAUGGACGAUAGAUCAUCAGGACGUCGAUUAUUCACCUGUGGCUGGGAGGUAGUGGAAGACGGGCAAGCCACCGCCGCUUGUGGAUUCCCAUCAACGAAAUCCAUCCUUUGCACCGAAGAAUGUGGCUGUAUUUCCAUUCUCACUUCCCUGGAUUCAAGAGUUGGCAUGAUCACCUCAUGGCCUGCGACUGAUCGCGUGGCAUAACAGAGAGAUAGGGAGAAUAUCAGAUUGCGAGAUUUCUCCAGCAGAAACCAUCCAGGCCGGUGAACGUUUUCGGCCAGCAGGGAACGAAAAGUUUGGUCAUUCCUUUCAAAAUGGACUCUCCACUCCGUCGCGAACCUCCUACGUCAAUAGCGGCCAUUAUAGAGCCGGUCGCCAGGUCCCGUGCCUCCGACGAACCUCUAUCGCAGUUUGAGAAAGUUUUAGAGCGCGCAAGAGUGAUCGCAGAAAAGCCAGAGAUCGCCAAGGAUGGAACGAAGAAACAUAGUCGGCGUGAACAGCUCAAGCAACUCGUCGCAGAGCGCGGUGACAGCCUUGUGAAGGCCACCAGCACGUUGCGGGAUGAAAACUUUUUCCACUUUCUAGCUUCGACUCAUGCGAAUAGCACAUCGUCCUCAGUGAGUGUGGCUGUUCAAACGCUGGUAGCAAGAAUGCUCUUGCACCCUGGCGGCAUGGACCUGUUGCUGAAACCGGAUGACCUCGGGAACACGCCCCUACACACAGCCAUUCAAAGAAGCAAUCGCGACUUUCUUUUUGCCGUUUCAGGAAUCCCAAGUUUGCCUGAAACCGUCGAGAAGGUUCGGCAAACUAUUAAAGAAGGCAAAGACACCUGGGCCGAGAACCGGACACGAUCCACGUUCUUGCAUGACGCCCUCGACAGCAGGAGCCUCCUCCGUGACGACGAUUUACUCCUAGCUAUCAUCACCCUAGCACCGGAUGCCAUGCUACGUACGACAGAUAUUGGAGGACGGACGCCUCUUCACCUGGCUGUCGAGUAUUCAAAGUGCACGGCCGGACGUCUCAAGAUCGUUCGGGAGCUUAUUUCUCGCGACCCUUCUGUUCUCCAACUGAGAGACAUCAAGAACCACUCAGUAUACCAAUAUCACGUUCUAUCAAAACUAGGAAGCCAUCGUGACUCGAAAGUCCCGGACAGGAGCCGUAGCCCGUCUGUCCGGGCUGGCGAACGACCAUCAUCAGCGGGGCCCUCGGGCUCCAACGUGACGCCGGGAACUCUGAACGUCACCGACGAAACGGCAAAAAUCAUCAAGGACGAGAUGAUGCUUGAGAGUCUGAGGCAGAUGUCAUGCGACGCUGCGUAUCGCUGCUUGUAUGUCCCAAAUGAAAAUAACAAAGAGUUGUGGUUUGAUUACAUGCCUGCCCCAUUGACCGGCAUGACGUUCGCCGAGUUCACACAUCACUGGGACAUGCUUGACUUUGAGACGACCGUAAAAUACGUCUCCAUUGCCAACGUCAAGUUCAAGUUGGACAAAGAUGUCGACCAAGUUGUACGAAAGAGCCGUGACGACGCAACGCGUAUUCUGCGCUGGUUACAAAGUAAAGAUGUGAAGCGAAUCCUGCAUGUCAUCGUUGAUGACAUGGAACCGAACUAUCACAGCAACGACUCCAUAGAGCGGGCCCUCGAAAAGGCCAAGGUGGAAAUCUUGGACUGGCAUCGGCCGGACUUGUGUCCCUCUACCAUCUUCAAUGUCGGCAAGAAUUUGAAAAGACUCGAGGUUGAAGGACUGCCCAUGCUUGCUCAGUAUGGUAAACUGGAACGUAUCAUCAUAUUCUCGCCAGAGGACAGUCCAGAUCUGUCUGCGGACAUGUCGAAGCAACUGAAAAGGUUUGACGACCGUCUGAAGCGCAACUGGUCGCUUGCGGCAGAGAAAAGCACGUCAAAGCCACAAGAAGAGAGCGCAAUAGGAAGGUUAUUACGACGAGAUGGCGAGGCCACGCAGGACGACGAGGCGACUUUGGCAUCGCAGUCACUGCAUCGGGAUUCUGUGCAAGCACCCCAGACAAAUCCAGCGACCUCUCAGGUGUCGGCGAAGCAUGAAAUAGCCGCAAACAACCGAACCACUACUCCAGAAAUAAUCCACACUUCGGCGAAGACCUCUCUGAAAGCUAAGCUGGGCGACAACAGCGGGCAGGCGGUCGAGCUGGACCAACAUCGCUGGAUGCAAUGCAUGGAGAACUUCACGACUGCCUUCCUACGAGUCAGACAGCUCUCAGCUAAAGACAUUCCUGCGACGAAGAGCCUCGAGCCGAUUCGGGUUGCCUUGAUUGAUGACGGCGUCGACACUACCAACAGAUCACUUCAGGGAAGGACAGACCGUGGGAGAAGUUUCGCCUUUGACCAAAGGGGGAAAAGAACUACCCAUACUGGAUGUCUGAUAGCGGCCAUGGAACGAUCAUGGCUAGGUUCAUCCGCUAUCAACCACGCUGUCGACUGCGGGGCCAGGGUUAUCUCCAUGUCCUGGUCCGUCAGACCCCCAACCGACGGCGCAUUGCAAAAAAAGUUCAAAGAGGCAGUCCAAAGGGCCGUCAACCGCAAGACCGUCUUGUUAUGCGCAUCGAGCGAUCAGGGCAAGACAGGCAAUGACCAAACCUACCCGCACGAAGCAGAUCGGGCCAACAUCAUUCGCAUUGGCGCCGCCACGGCCAUGGGGAGCAAUGCCGAAUACGUCGACAAGCACCAGAUUGACUUCCUCUUUCCUGGCCACGAGAUCCUCCUCAAGGAAAGCACACCGGACAAGGAGCUCGGCGAUGUCCACAAAGGGUCUUCAGUGGCCACGGCCAUCGCUGCUGGAUUGGCUGCCCUGGUCUUGGAAUGCGUCCGAGUCGGUCACUUCUGGACGUCCAAGCUCGACCAUCACCAGUGGAUCACGGACCAGGACUACUUGAUGAUGGAUUCAAAGGCGAUCAAAGCCGCGUUCGAGGGCAUGAGCCGAUCUCGUUCCAGCUACAUCUGGGUCUGGGAGACUUUUACGCCUCAGGUCUGCGAGAGGAUCACGGACGGAGGGCGCGAGGAUCAAUUGGCAGCUGUGGCGAAAUUGGCCAGACGCUUUUUGAACAGAGAUUGA